AUGGUUAUUGAUACACCUGUUAUGGGUUAUGUGUCUACUUCUUUUACGAUUAUCUUUCCUGAAACUGGUGCCAAAGAAGACGUGUUUUUGUCUGCUAAGCAAGUUGAUGAAUUUGUGCAAGAUAGUGCAGAGUUGUUUAUUUUGUUGGCAACUUUAGAUGUUCAUGAGAAGAGAACAAUUGAAGAAUUUCCAAUAGUUUGUGAUUUUGCCGAGGGUGUUCUUGCGAAAGAUGAGUUUGAAAAAAGUGUGUUGGGUGAAGUUAUUUCCCCGAGUGAAAUUGGGUCGUGCAAGGGUAUCUUGCUUUUUGGUCCUCCUAGUACAGGAAAAACAAUGUUAGCCAAGACGAUGGCAACCGAACCAGGGGAAAAUUUCAUAAAUAUUUCAUUAUCAAAAGUUACUUCCAAGUAUCACGAGGAUACUGAAAAGUAUGUUGAAGCUGUGUUUUCUGUCGACCGCAUGUUAGGCAAGAGGGUAACUGAUUCCAAUAAUUCUAUGUAUAAUGGGGUGAAGACAAAAAAUUUAGCACAAUGGGAUAGUCUCAGUACAAAAGAGGAAAAUAGUGUUCUUGUUUUGGCAGCUACCAAUGGCCCGUUUGAUUUUGACGAGGCGGUUGUUAGGAGACUUCCUCGAAGGUAUAUGUUGAAUUUACUCGAUGCCGCAAACUGUGAGAAAAUUCUGAAAGUUAUAUUGGGGAAAGAACAAUUGGCAUCAGAUGUGAAUUUAACAGAAUUGACUAAUAGGACAGAGAGUUAUUAUGAGAAUGAUCUUAAGUAUUUGUGCAUGGAAGCUGCUCAUAUCCAUAUAAGAGAGAUAUUGGAGAAAGAGAAACAAUUGAAAGUAUCAUAUAGUAGUGCAGAUAUUCGUCCUUUAAAGAUGAAUGAUUUUUCGCUUUCAGGAAAAGAGUUUGCGGGAUCGGAUAAAUUCAACAUAUACCUUCGAGGAAGUCUCCUAACAACUGCCUCGUCAAGAUCAAACGGACGAUUGGUAGCUGCCAAAACAAGACACGAUUUUCCUCUCUAA